AUGGCUCAAACCACACGGAUGGCCGUCUACGGCCGCACUCCUCCCUGUGCGCACAGGGCACGACUGGCAGAUCGGGUGGAAAGAGGCAAGAAGGAACGUCAAGAAAGAACAAGGAAGUCUGACCAGAAACCAGAGGACUUUGUGGCUUACGAUAGCUCUGAUGACGACUUCGAAAACGACCCCAAUGAAAAGCUGUACCUUAGGACUUCCAACAAUUUUGUGGAUUAUUUAAAUAGUCGUGAAUCUGGAAUGAAAGAAGUACGAACAGUGAAAAAUUACUAUGGUCAAAGACACAUAUUAACGCAAGAAAAGUUCAAAGAGCAUCCUGUCCCUCAACUGGGUAACAUCAAUAAAAUCUUUUGCUCUCAGUGGUUAAGUGAUAGACAGGUUGUGUUUGGCACAAAGUGCAACAAGCUAAUGGUUUAUGAUGUUGUCAAGCAUCAACUAGAUCAUAUACCCUCCCUUCGGGGAUCUUCAUCUCGACAGACUAUAACAGGGCCUCCAACAGACCAGCAAACUGGAAUACAUUCUGUCCAGAUCAAUCCCUCUCGAACGCUGCUUGCCACUGGUGCUCGCAACCCCAAUGAAAUUGCUGUUUAUAGACUGCCCACAUUAGAUCCAGUUUGUGUAGGACAGAACGCACAUACAGACUGGGUGUUUGAUAUGUGCUGGCUUGAUGACCAAUUCCUUGUUUCUGGGUCACGAGACACAAGAAUGGCCCUUUGGAGAAUUCAAGAAGAUGAACUACUUGGAUUGCAGGAGGUUCCCACUUAUGGAUUUGUUAAUCCAUUGGAGGUGAAAGAGUGCAAGUCAGCACAGAAAGUAAGAGCGCUAGCAUUCAACAAAACUAAAAAGGAGUUGGCUGCUCUUUCUCUUAAUGGUUACAUUCAUAUUUGGAGUGCUGACGACUUUAAACAGAGGUCGUCAAAAAAGCUACCAUCAUGUCAGGAGAAUGUCUGUAUGGCAGUAUCUGACUCAGGCUUGUACGCUAUUGGAUGCCGGUCCUAUACUCUCCUUUUGGAUCAGAGAACUCUGCAGUCAAUCAAGAAAAUACCGUCCCGUUACACAGGCUGUGGUAUACGCUCAGCAAGCUUUCAAGGUAACAUCUUGACCAUUGGAACUGGUGUGGGAAUGUUAAUGUUCUAUGACCAUCGGGCCGGAAAGUACUUAGAGUCCAGCAUCAACUCCAGUCGUACAGUUGUCUUAAAAGCGUCUCGAGGAUAUGUGUUUCCCAAUGAAGAAUAUGUGGACGGAUUUCAACAAGUGAAAUACACCCCUGCCAUUUACACUCAUUGUUAUGAUGCCUCAGGUAUCCGGUUGUUUUCUGCAGGCGGACCUUUACCUGCUAAUUUACAUGGUAAUUAUGCUGGACUCUGGCAAUGAUAAUGGUAAUACUGUCUUCUUUAGCUAAUCUGUGAUUAAUUACUGACUGAGGUAAGAGAUUAAGUCCUUUCAUAUUAUUAUGAAGCUGAAGGACAUGAGUAGCUUUCUUUCAAUUUCAACUGCUUGUUAUCAUUUAAUUUAGGGCUAUCUCAAGUCCCAAAGGCCCUCUACCUCUCCAAUUUAAAGAAAGGAAUGGCAGAAUUUGGUUACUUUAUUGACGUGAUGAAGUAGAUUUGUAAAUCCACCCUGUCUUUGUUUCCCGUACUGUGCAGUAUUAUUGAUGAAAUAACCUGCUAAUCAAUGGAAUAACUGUUCUCAAAUUUUCCCAAAACCGAUGUACAAGCACUGUUCCAAUUUUUUCUUACAUAGAAGUAUCUUUGGUUAUAUCGCAUACCAGCAAGGUUCAUUCCUUCAGAUGCUAACUUUUGAUUUCCCAUAGCCCUUAUUACAAGCGACUCUCAAUGUAUCUUCUGCUGGAGUUUCAAGAAAUAAAAAAUUCUAUUCGUUUUUUGUUUGCUUGUUUGAGUUUGCUCUCUCAAGUAUGGGGCAUUCGCAAAGUUGGGGGAGAUUUGAUUGUUGAAAUCAUAUUUUAUUAACUUAUGGUUUACUGGAUAGGUUUACUUCAGGUGAUGUUUUUGUGGUGUUAACAAAAAAUAUUGCUGUUUAUGAAAUGUUCAGAGCUCAGUAACUCGGUGAAUCCUGUGAGUUGCCUUGAACUGAACUUGAACGUAAAAAGAAAGAUACAAUCAUGCAACUUUCUUUGACAUAAAUGGUUGACCAGUUUGCUUUCUGUCACACUUCCAAGCAGAUAGCUUUAGCUGUCACUGUCAACACUUAGCUCGAGCUCUUAGUACAGGAUUAAUUUUACUGCCUAAUUAAUGAGACCUGUAAUGGGGGAGAAAGAAACCGUAUAAGUGAUUGUGUGAUUGAUUUCUGCUCUUGCGCUUCGGAAUAAGACCAUUGUGGUCCCCUAGGAUGGCUCUACUCUCAAGGGAACUCCUUUGCAAAUUUGUGUCAUUUUGACCAAUCGUAGCAUUGAGUUCUGGGUGAAGAUUUAGGAAAAUAUGCUUGAAUCCUGCUCCUGAAAACUACAUCACUGAAUCAUUCUGUAGGGUUUUUGUAUUAGUAUUAUGGAAAAAUGUCUCAAAUGUUUGUAACCUUGGCUGUAUGGAAUGCAAGAGGUUGUAUAAGUUUUCUUAUGUGUGAUCUUUAUAUUAUGGUAGGAUCCUAAUAAUUAACAUGUUGACUGAAAAGAC